AUUUUUGUAACAAAUAAUAUAAGAAAACCCCCUCCAUUGCAGCAACUCUAUAAUUUUGUUGAUUCUCUUUGAUUUGAAAGACUGAUAAAACAACUGACAAUACGCAUGUAGUUAUCAGUAGUGGGUAUACUAAAGUGUUCUUCUUUUUCUGUAUUGUGUGAGAGAAGCAGUUGCAGAAGAGAAGAUGCCGAGGCCAGGGCCGAGACCGUACGAGUGUGUGAGAAGGGCUUGGCAUAGCGACAGACACCAACCCAUGAGAGGUUCUAUCAUUCAACAAAUCUUCAGGGUUGUCAAUGAAACUCAUAGUGGAAGUACUAAGAAGAACAAAGAGUGGCAAGAGAAGCUUCCUAUUGUUGUUUUAAAAGCUGAGGAAAUCAUGUAUUCUAAAGCUAACUCUGAGGCAGAGUAUAUGAACUUGGAAACUUUAUGGGACAGAGUGAAUGAUGCUAUCAACAUCAUUAUUCGUAGAGAUGAGAGCACUGAAACUGGGCAACUUUUGCCUCCUUGUAUAGAAGCUGCCCUCAAUCUCGGCUGCAUUCAAGUUAGAGCUUCAAGAAGCCAACGACACUGUAAUCCCAGGACUUACCUCACCUCGAGGGGGCAUGAACCCAUGCCUGCACCGCAUAGCGUCUCGGAAAAAACCAAUGAUAAGCAAUGCUCUCAGUUAUCGCCAGUUCAGUCCAGCAGCCAGUUUGCAAGAGCCACCACGGCAGUAACUUCAAGACUUCCAAUUUCAGAAUCUAGUUGCCAUUUGGCUGAGACGAGUAAUGUAGCUGCUUCUUGCAGUUAUCCUUUACUCUAUGAGAAUAUUCCUCCUGGAUGUAGUCAGUUGAUGCUGAAGGAAACUAGCAAGCAACUGAAAUCAGGUUCAGUUUAUCCCUUGUAUUAUGGAAAUAACUAUCACAUUGAACAGCCCCAUUUGGUUUCCCAAGUCCCCGAGAAGAACUCCAACACUGUAUUUUUCGGUACACCGAUCAUCUCAUCAGCUGCACAGCCUGCUGAAAUAGGUUCUUUUAAGAAUUUUUUGACAUGUGGUAGUGCUGAAAUUGCUGCCAAGAGAAUCUCACAAGCAGAUUUGGGUAAUACUCAUGAGAAAUUACCCGGGAUGCAAUGUGAUUUGUCCUUAAGGUUGGGAUUGGGUCUAUUUAGUGAAUCCUCUGUGAGUAUGGGAAGAAGUUCAAUUCAAAAAAAUGAAGAUGUUGAGUCAAUCAAGUCUCAAGAUAAAAGCAGGCGUAGUGAGUUUUCUCUUCGAAAAAACAAGGAGCUGUAUUUUCCUUCUAGUAUGAAUACUAAUGACCCCCUUGAGUCCCAACCAGUUAAAUGGUUUGCAACGGGUGAAGAUGAGAAAUUGGUCCCUACUAUUCGAAAGCGUAAGGCUCCCUCAAAUGUGGACGGACAGUUUUUCUGGCAACCUGAGUUUCCCUCUAACCAAUUUAUUGGUCGCAUAGAAAGGCAAGGUGAAGAGUGUGAGAGAAUGAAGUCAAUGGUUCUCUAAUAGCUCAUUUUCUAGGUGAUGUUAUAAAUGAAAGUGCGUAGCUAGUUUGGUAGAGUUUAUGUGGUCGGUACUGUUCCUGGAUGCGCGCGCACGCACGCAUUGGUCAUUAUAGCAGGUCCUUCUCACAACUCUAGGUCUUGCUGAAUCUCGUUCCGUCCGUGGAGUUUACUUUUCUGAUAAGGUAUGCAGUCACUCACCCAUUUUGUGAUUGGAUGAGCUAGAUGUGGUGAAUAACAUAAUGGAAUCGUAAUCUGGGUUAUCCAACUUUUUCGUUGUAUGUUUAUGAGCAAAUGUCUCUAAACAGUAGAACUUUUAGUCCUUCAACGUAUUUGCACACCCGAAGAAUGCAAUGCAACUCUGCGGCCGCCCAGAAUCAUGAUCAGAUGAGAAAUGUGUUGGGUAGCUUGUUACAUCAAAGCUCCACCAUGAUUCCAAUGGGUGUAGGGCAUACUGAGUGCAUCUGCUUAUAGAUGAUAAACCCAAAUGUUGUCUCUGUGGUCAGGGUGUAUUAAAGACAUCCCAUUAUAGCAUGUUACCAAUU